GUUUUUUCAAAUUUGUUGCUGCAUGGUAACAAGGUGGAGAAUACAGCAACCAAGCCAAUACAUUGCAACGCCAAAUUGAAAUGUUGAUCCUCACAUAGUUGGCGCUUUUCGGAUCACCUACACCAAAAAAUUUUGCUACAGCCGAUGUAGGUUUUAGUCGGACCACGCUCCAACAUCAAUUCCGAUUUAUUCACAAUUGUCCACACGACCAGGGUUUUGGUUAGUUCUGAGGCUCCCAUCAGAUCGGCUACACCCGUUGCAGUGAAUUUGACAUUCUGUCCACGUUCUGAUAUUUUGGUAACUUACAACCAAAGGAAAAUACUUCAAACUACCAAACAAAGUAAAAUAUCUAGUUUUGGAGCGGUAAACUUUCAUUUGUUUUGUACAACCAAGAAAGGAGUAAAAGUAUUUGAUUUGGUGUUCACUGCAACAAGCUCUAGUUUUGGACAAAUUUGUAGCUCUAGUUUUGGAUCAAAUAUCGAUAUUACGUAGAAGUACACCAAAAAACAAUUUUUCUUGGGGAGAUUCGAAAUCACAUCCUCACAUCGUUUGUAAAGUGUUGCAAACCAUAAUCUCAGUUCCUAGAUCAGGCACAAAGUAGCGAAGAGGUUCCUCUUAGAUUUAGAUAGAUCCUCAGAUAGCAGGACUGGAGCAGACGUCACAAUUAACCCGACUAAACAGAGAUCAGCCUUUUUUGCUACAAGGAUCUCAAAGUAGACAUAGACACGAUCGUACAACUUUUGAGUAGCACGUAGACGAGUAAAGCACUGCUUCACCUAGAAUCAUAACAUUUUUCGAAAUCUUUCCCUUUGACAAACUUUUCAAUCAAAACUUCAUCAGUUUUGACCAUCGAACGGAGCGGCGACACGGCAUUUCUUUUUUAGGAGGCAGAGCACCAGUUGUACUUGUAAAUUUAUUCAGACAAGUUUGCUACGACAACGCCAAUAAAUUUAAAUCUCUCUCACACGUGGACGACGAGCAAAACGGAAUUUCAUACGGUUUUCAUACUUAGCCACGACUUCUGUCAGAAGAACCUUUGUGAGAUCGAGAACAACAAGCAAAAUAUCAAUACAACAACAAUUUUUGAAAUAGGUCAUCAAAUCUACUUCGCUCAACAUAAUCAUCAAAACUCCUGUACUGUAUUAUAUUCUAGCACCAAGACCAAUGUCAUCGUCGGGUCCUAGAGAAAUUAAGUCCAACCAACCUCCUGCUCCGUCGUCUCUAGUCAGCGAGGUUGAUUAUAACGUUGCUCCUCUUGAAAAAUCGAAAUCUCUGCACGAAAAUAAGACCACGAAAAGAUUGUCGUCCUCCCCUGUAGAGAGCGAGAGGGUCUCCAACGAGACAAGAGGGACGACCGCCAGUGGCGAUACGACCACGACCAGUACUACUAUGGCGGGCACGACUGCAACGGCAGCGGCUACAGCACCAACAACGACGAGCGACCCGACAGGUAUGACCACAACUGGCGCUGUGACCAACACGUCGCAUGUUGGAGGACCACAUGUUGGGAACCACCAGCAUCACCAGCAGACCACCACAACUCAUGGGCAGCAGCAUCAGCAACACAACCAAUACCACCACCACUCGGGUGCACUGUCCCCGGGAACCGAGCAUUUCACAGCGGUGCACGUGGGCUCUUCCACCGUCUCGCCCGUGGCGUUUUUUAAUCCCGAGUUCAUGAUGAGCGGCUUCGGCGAGUACGUUCCAACCCCCCCGCACCUCCCGGGCCACCAGCAGCAGAUCCACGUGCCGGGACAGCCGCAGCAGUUAGGUGUGGUUGAUCCAAAUCAACAGCAGAACAAUGUGGUAAAUCCGUCGUUGCUGAACCUUUCGCAGGCGGAAUCGCACCUGCUGCAGCAGAAAAACGCACAGCAGGCACAGAUGAAUCAGGUGCUUCAGCAGCAGCUGAUGCAGCUCCAGACCGCGCGGAUGCAAAGAGGCGACAGCGAGAACCCCAACGACCAGUCGCAGCUGUCGUUCCCAGGUAACGCCGCGACGCCAAGACUACACCCGCUGGAUUUAAGCCCGUUAGCGGGAACCAGUCCGGCUCCGGCAGGAGCGGCAGGGGACCAGUCCUCGAACAACCCGUCCCGGCUCCCGUCCGGGGUCGUCCCGGCGGGCGCGCAAACCCCAGGGCAAUUGGCUUUGUUGCAGGAGUUGAUGCGGGGCAGCCAAGGUGGAGCAGGAACUACACUACAAACUCAGAUCGUCCCUAUGACCCCACCAGCGACCAACCGCAUGUCCUCGGCCGCACACAUUGAUACUUCGGGGCAGAGCCUGAACAUUCAGCAGCAGCUCGACAUGAGCUAUUCCGGCCAAAAAUUGGGCGUGACCCAGCAGCAGCCCCUCGGCACCGCGGAGAUCGGACUGUCCGCGGAUCUGAUUGUCGCCGCACAGAACACGGGGUUGAUGUCGCCCAUUGAAGUGGCCAGCCCGGGGCAAAUGUCCCCGGUGUCGGGGCCGAACGCGGCGCCGGGUAACAUCCCGUACGGGGUCGUGAAUAUACCGUCACAAUUGAAUAUGGAUGUGUCAGGAUUGAAAUCGUCACAAUUGAAUAUGGAUUUGUCAUGCAUAAAAUGCAAAGCAUGAAAGAAGUGCCUGCGUUGCAGGGAUGGCAAGGGAGGCCGAUUGUGAGCCUGUUUACGGCUCUGGACAGAGUUGCUAAAGUAGCAUAACAAAAGCUAUCUUCUAUGCCGAAACAGCAUCACAAACUGGAUUGCGGCUCUACCCAAAUUUGUCAUGCGCCACUUGGAAACUGGGUUACAUUUGGCAUCCAUUUUAUGCAUGAAAAAUCAUUUCAACUUUGUCGAUUUCAAACCUGACGCUUCCAUAUUGAACAACCUGCCCGUACCGCCGGGCGGACACAUCGCAGCCUUGGCAGCACAAAAAAUCGGCGAGAUGAAUGAGAAGGUACUUUUGACUGCAUAUAUUAUAGCUGUUUCUGUUUUCUUGCGGAAAAGUAAAAGUUUUUUUACAUUUUUUCGUCUAUUUUCGAUUUCAUGUAGGAGGAGCCCACCUUAACGUUUUGACGUUGUAGUAGUUCUGCGAAUUAUUGUGAUUUGCAUUUUUCGGCAUCGGCGUCGUGUGGAAUUGCGGUUUUUUAUUGGCAUUGGCUGCAUCUAUUUUUAUUGCUCAAAUUUGAAAAAACAGAAAUCCGACAACUCGGUUGCUACCACCGGCCUUCUCGCGACGUCUGGUGGGUACCAUGUGCCCCUCGUCGGCGAUUCCGCGGCCUCGGGUUCCUCCCUCCCGACCUCGCUGCCCGAUCACCCGGUGCGGUUGGUUUCCGUCGCGGAGUAUGAGGACUUUUUGCAGCAGUGCAUCCAAAUCAAGAAGAAGCACCCGAAAAAGUUCGCGAGGAUACACAUCCCGGACGGGAACCACCACAAGGACCAGAAGAUCCGGCUAGACAAGAUGCACGACGAAACUGGAACUUAUGGCGCGAUCCACUUAUCCGGCGCGAUGAAAAGGUCAGGAUCUGGCGUGGAGCAGCACCAAGGCCACGGUGCAGCAGGGAACUACAACGGGAGUAGUUCUACUGCUCAGGGAAUCGCCACGACGGUGAAUAAUGUCCAAGGGAAUGGUGAUGGCAAUAAUUAUCACGGGACGAACGUCAAGCAGUACACAACUCCACCAUCGUCGGCCGCACUGCAGCAGCAUCCGAAAUUUUCCGGCUACAGCAGCAAAAACUCGUCUGCCUCCGGGUAUGGCAGCAAGACCCCCGGGACCGCAAGUGAAAAGGGGAGCUAUUCCGGGUACGGAGGUAAGGGUAGCGGGAAAGAUCACCACAACUACGAAAACUCCUGGAGGACAGGCGGGAAAGAUCAGCAACAGGGAAAGGAUGGCGAUCCCAAUGUCAAAGACACAAGGACAACGAUGAUGCUGCGUAUUGAUUAGUUUUUUUCUGUGCUGGCGAAAUGCUUUUUUAAGCAAGUAUUUUUUUAUGUUGCAGCGACAGCUAGCGCGGCAGUCGUGCUGACAGCAUGGGUACAACUUGGUUAUGGUUUAUUUUCUUGGGCCAUCUUGCUUCGCUUUCUGAACUUGUCGCAGGAGCUCCGAGCCAAUUUUUCUGUACAUCAAAAUAAACAGGUAAUAUUCCGAACAAGUACACGCAGCCGAUGUUGCUGAAAACGCUAAAUUAUGAACUGCAAAAGUAUCGUACUCGUAGAAAUGCAUCACAAAUUUCCUCAGCAUGAGAAAUAAAAUUUGUCAUGCUAAUUUACCUUAAGAAAAAUAUUUGUAAUGCAAGACUUGCAUUUAUACGAAUACGAUACUUUUGCACAGGAUAUAAACGAAAACGGCUUUGAAGCCAAAUUCGAUUUCUUCUACCUGCUAUGCAUUGCAAAUAUGUCUGGGUCUGGAAGGAUGCAACUUGUCAUGCUAAAUCUGGAUCGUGCCAAAAAUUUGUGUUGCAUGAUAUACCAAAAGAUGUCCACUUUUGGACAAGUUCAGAGGCAGUUUCUCAUGCAAGAUAGGCAUGAUAGAGGUCUCGCAGGAUCUAUCAUGCUAGGUCCUGCAUGCCAGACCUCAUGGGUCAUGGAAAAUCUCCAUCACAAAUCUUGCAUUCUUCCAGACCCAGAUACAUUUGCAGUUGAUACCUGCCCAUCGACUUCAGAAACCGGUGCAACGUGGGGUAUGCGUUCGUCAACUUUGUCACGCCGGAAGACGCCAAGAGAUUUCUCGGGGUACAACUGAAUUGCCUUUGUUGGAACUUGUUUUGUCCUGUAAAAGCGAAUGCCAAGAAUAGAAUGCCAUGACGAUUUUGGGGAUUUUGUUAGAAGACAGCAAAAAUGGGAGAAUUCAUUUGCGACGCACAAAAAUGACCAUGAAAACAAAAACUACAGCUCUUUCACAAGUUUAAGCUGAAAGCGUACAACAGUCCGAAAGUGUGCGAGGUGAAUUACGCAAGAGUCCAGGGAUUGCAGGCCAAUAUCGAAGUUUACCGUAUUGAAUUUUUUUGAUCUUUCUUGUUUUGUGUUCGCUACAAAAAUCCGCCGGAAUGUGCACCUCAGCUGCAGCUGUGCGUGAUCGUUAACUAUCGAAAUAAAUGGCAACGUGUUUAAUAUUAUAUUACUACAGGCAACUCUCCGGUGAACGGUAUCCCCAUCAAGCAGUACCGCCCCUUGAUUUUCCAAAACGGAAUAUCCUGAGUAAAAACGUACCCACACCAGAGUCAGGAUGGGGAAUCUGCUAGACAAAUCAGCCAGCUUUGGUUGUUUGGCAUGACAAGUUUGUCCGCGUAGUGUAGUGCUGUUUGAGCUAGUUUAGCAGCAUUACAGAUCUAGUAUCUCGUGCUGAUUGGAGCAUGACAAAUUUCAAAACCGCAUUAGAAAAUGCUUCUCAUGGGGCUCCGCAUGAGAAACAUUUUAAGCAUGCAGAGUUGCGUGACAACUAUGGUGUGGGUACGUUUUUACUCAGGAUACGGAAUUGAGGCGGAGUUCCCGGGCCCAGACGCUCCGUUGCCGCCGAUCCAACUACGCUCGGAAGACAUGGACGGUAUGACAGUGCACAACUCCCCCUCCCCCUCAUUUGUAUAGCAUGAACGGCAAUAUAAGCAUCAGCAAGAAUGCCGGUUUUGCAUGACAAAUCCACACUGGGUUGUAGGGCUCUGUGGGCUACCAGAACUUGUCAUGCAAACAGUGCCAAGAGGCACAGUCUGGAUUUGGGAAUUUGCAUGACAAAUGAGGGGGAGGGGGAGUUGUGCACUUUUAUAGACGGGAAAAUGAUGUGA